AUGGAUCCGUGGUGGAGCUUCGCGGUGGAGGCGCAGGCGAUUGAUCGGGUGCAUCGGAUGGGCCAGGAGGGCGAGGUCAAGGUGUAUCGGUUUAUUGUGCAGGAUAGCGUGGAGGAGAGGAUGCUCAAGGUGCAGGACCGGAAGAAGUUUAUCGCUUCGUCUCUAGGUAUGAUGAGCGACGAAGAAAAGAGGCACCAACGGAUCGAGGACAUCAAGGACUUGUUGAGUUGA